AUGGUGUUGACGCGUGAGGAAGAAGCAGCCGCUCAGCUGGCGGCGGAGCAACAGCAACGGCUAAUCGAACAGACACGUCAGCAUCUGGAGAACGAGACCCGCGCGCGUGAGCAGCAGAGACUGCAGUCGGCGCAGCAUCCGGGGGUGACGCAGCCGAUAGCGUUGGAGCAGCCACCAGGGUUUUUCUUGCCGGGCGCUGAGGUGAGUCGCGUGGGCAUGCGAAUGCCGGAGUUCACGCCGGCUGACCCUGAGCUAUGGUUCAGUAUCGUCGACCGUAGUUUCCAAGCCGCCGGGAUAACGGUCGACGCGACAAAGUUCGGGUACGCGUUGACAUCCAUCGGCCCGCGGUACACGACCGAGGUACGCGACAUUAUAAUGAAUCCGCCCGCGGAACGGGCGUACGAAACGCUGAAGGCAGAGCUGGUCAAGCGGCUUAGCUUGUCGCAGGAGCACAAGACCCGGAGACUCCUCGAGCACGAGGAAAUAGGCGAUCGAAAACCGUCGCAAUUUUUGAGGCAUCUUCGCGGCCUCGCUGGGAACGUCGUCGGCGACCAGGUGUUACGAACGAUUUGGCUGAGUCGUUUGCCGGCGUACAUCCAGCCGCAUUUAGUGACGCGCACAGCAGAUACGCCCGAACAAUUAGCGGAUAUCGCGGAUGCAAUAGUCGAGGCGACUCGGGCGCCAGCGUUUCAGGUAGCAGAGACGACCAGAUAUCCCGCGCCCCAGGGCCAGAGCACGAAUGACUCUGCUUCGAUUGAAGCAAAGAUAGAAAUACGUUUAGCACAGAUGCGAUUGGCGAUGCAGCAGGAGAUUUCGGAGCAGUUGACGGCCAUUCGCAGAUCAAUCGAAGCGAUUAGCGGCGAUCUUCGCGAUGACGAUCGGCGUCGUCCGCGCUCGCGUUCGCGUUCACGUUCGCGCCCGCGUUCGCGCCAGAGUGCGCGAUCGGGAAGCCGUGAUCCUCCAGCAAGCGGUAUAUGCUGGUAUCAUUGGAAAUUCGGACCAGGUGCCCGGCACUGUAGGGCACCCUGCUCGAUGCAACAGCAGGAAAAUGCGGUGGCCGGUCGCUAG